AUGAAAAUCCUAUUAAACAAUAUUAAGGAAUGUUUCCAAAAAAUCUUAAAGAGAAGUGAAUUUGGGAAAACCUCUGUAUGCAUUAUAGUAUCUUUAGAUGUAGAUGCAAUAUGUGCAUUAAGAAUUCUCACUGUAAUUUUAUUAAUAAUAUGGAUAGUCCUUAUUGAAUAGAGAGAACCUAUAAUUUAGAAUGAUCCCAGUAUCAGGGUACUCUGAAAUGACUGAAGCAAUUUAGAAAUGUGGGAAUAUGUAUAAAAGUAUUAUUUUAUUAAAUUGUGGAAAUGUGUAUGAUAUGAGUGAGUUUGUAAAGGGAGACAUUAAAUUCUUCAUAUUUGAUAGUCACAAACCAAUCAAUCAUAAUAAUGUGAAUAAUGAAAAGAGUAUAUAUAUAAUAGAUGAUGGAAUGGGUUAAUUAGAGAAAUGUCCAGAUGAGGAAAUCAAAGAAAUGAGUGAUGGUGAUGAAGAUUCAAUUGAUGAUGAUGACUCAGGAUCUCAUUCAUCAUAAAUUCAAAGAAAAUAAUAACAGAAAUUGUAAAGAAGUCUUCGUAAAUAACUCAUUCAAAUGCAUGAAGAUUAUUAUAGUCAAGGAACCUAUUACAGUAGACCAAGUUCUACUGUUGUUUAUACAUUGGCUUAAUAAAUGAAUCAUGACUGUAAUGAUCAUUUAUGGUAUGCAAUUCUUGGAUUAACAGAUGCUUAUAUUCAUAUGCGUUUGAACUAAAAGAAUUAUGAUGUAAUCUUUGAAGAAUUACAAAAUGAAGUUAUUAGAUUGAACAUACAUUUUGAAGAAACUUAAGGAGAUGUUAAAAAGAUUGGAGGAGUCUUUAUUGAAAAUGAAUACAAAUUUUUGCUUAUGAGACAAUAAUCAUUAUAUAAUUCAAUGUAUUAUUCAUCAUAUGUUGGAACUAAACUCAAAUUAUGGAAAGAUAGAGACAAUAAAAGAUUAGAAGAAUUUAUGGCUAAAUUAGGUAUUCCAUUAAAUGAAGCAAAAUAGGAUUUUCGAUACAUGAAUUAGAAAUACAAAUAAAUAUUGAAAUCCUAAAUUGCUGAAGUGGCAUCUAAAUUUUAAAUGGAUGAUAUACUUUAUAGAUCAUUUGUUCGUUAAUCUGAUACUAAAAUAUAAAUUGCAGCUAGUGAUAUGGUUUAUGCUGUUAAUGCAAUUCUUGAAUAUCCUUAAGCUUUACUAUCUAAAUAAUUAAUGUAACAUCAAUGUUCUGAAGUUAUUGAAAAGUUAAAAACUUCUGAAACUGCAGCUAAAUUCUAGAAUUUCUUUUGUGCUUUAGACACUUUAGGCAGGUAAAUAUAUAAAUUAUAUUUUUAUUAGUAAAUCUGAUGACUUAUUUUAACAAGGAGUUUAGAUGGCUUUAGAAUUUUAAGCAGCAUUAGUAGAUGAAGCAAAUAAUCUUAUAGAAAAUAAUGAACUUUAUCCUUGCAAACAUUUUAGAUAUGGAAUAUUAAAAAAUGAAAGUCCUUAACAAAAGAAAUUCUUUCAACAUCCUUAAAGUUUAUAAAAAUUAGCUUUACUUCUUAUGGAUAUCUAUAAAGAAAAAGGAUAUAAAUAAUCAAAUAAGUCAGUAAUUUUAGUAAACUAAUUGGGUGAAUUAUUUAUGGUUGUUGGAGUGGUUGGUGGUAUGAGUUUUAGUGGAUAAGAGAAAAAGUAUUUCUAUUUAUUCUAAUAAUUUUAGUUAAUUUGGAUAAUAUUUUAUAAGAAAAGUUUAGGAAUUAAAUCUUUAAUUUAGAUAAGAUAGUUUUGAAACAUCAGUGAUAGAAAUUCAUAAAGAUGAUUUCCCAAAUUUUAUUGAUGCUAUCACAGAUUUUAAAAAGAAUUGA